UUGUAUAACAGGAUAUUGUUUUUGUUUUUUGCCCUGUGGUCCACACUCCUUACCGGUUGGUGGCGGUAACGCUCAGCUAACGUUUUUGCCAUCCGCCAUUAAAAUUUAAAGAAGAAGAAGAAGACAACGUUGAACCGCCGUAGCUUUCCAUUUUCAGCAGUGAAGACGCAGCCAUGCCGCCCGGGCCCGUUCAGAUAGUUCAGCCGGAGCCCAACAACAAGCCAAAUGAUGGUCCUGCAGAAGAGACCCCAGCCACUAAACCCAUUGUUGGCAUCAUAUACCCUCCUCCAGAGGUCCGGAACAUUGUUGACAAGACGGCUAGUUUUGUAGCCAGGAAUGGACCAGAGUUCGAAGCAAGAAUCCGUCAGAAUGAGAUCAACAACCCUAAAUUUAAUUUCCUUAAUCCCAACGAUCCCUAUCAUGCUUAUUACCGCCACAAGGUCAAUGAAUUUAAGGAGGGCAAAGCACAAGAACCCUCUGCAGCAAUCCCUAAGGUCAUGCAACAGCAAGCCAUGCAGCAGACCCAGCAGCUUCCUCAAAAGGUGCAGGUGAUUCAAGAGGCCGUGGUCCCAAAAGAACCACCUCCAGAGUUCGAGUUCAUUGCUGAUCCUCCAUCAAUCUCUGCAUUUGACCUGGAUGUCGUGAAGCUAACUGCACAGUUUGUUGCUCGCAACGGCCGUCAGUUUCUCACCCAGCUCAUGCAGAAGGAGCAGAGGAAUUACCAGUUUGAUUUUCUGCGCCCACAGCACAGCCUUUUCAAUUACUUCACCAAACUGGUGGAGCAGUACACAAAGAUUCUGAUCCCUCCAAAAGGCCUGCUAAUCAAACUUAAGAAAGAGGCCGUGAAUCCAAAGGAAGUUAUGGACCAGGUGAGAUACCGUGUUGAGUGGGCUAAAUACCAGGAACGUGAGAGAAAGAAGGAGGAAGAGGAAAGGGAGAAAGAAAGGGUAGCAUAUGCCCAGAUAGACUGGCAUGAUUUUGUUGUUGUGGAGACUGUGGAUUUCCAGCCUAAUGAACAAGGCCACUUCCCUCCGCCUACAACCCCAGAGGAGCUGGGCGCUCGCAUCCUGAUCCAGGAGCGCUACGAGAAAUUUGGAGAAAGUGAGGAGGUUGAAAUGGAGGUUGAGAGUGAGGAUGAAGAUGAUGAAAGAGAGAAACGUGCUGACGGCCAACCUUCACAACCUGAUCAAGAUACUCAAAUCCAAGACAUGGAUGAGGGAUCUGAUGAGGAAGAGGAUGGUGGGAAGGCUCCAUUGCCACCAGACAACCCAAUGCCUCCCCCGCUUCCUCCAGCUCCAGAACAGGUUAUUAUUCGCAAGGACUAUGACCCUAAAGCUUCCAAGCCUCCGCCUUCAGUUGCCGCCCCGGAUGAGUACCUUAUUUCACCAAUCACUGGUGAGAAGAUUCCAGCCAGUAAGAUGCAGGAGCACAUGCGUAUUGGCCUGCUGGAUCCGCGCUGGCUGGAACAGAGAAGCCGAACCAUUCAGGACAGACAGACUGAGGAUGAGGUCUAUGCCCCUGGUUUGGAUAUUGAGAGCAGCUUGAAACAGCUGGCUGAGAGGCGUACUGAUAUCUUUGGUGUGGAGGAGACAGCCAUUGGUAAGAAGAUUGGUGAAGAGGAAAUUCAGAAGCCUGAAGAAAAGGUUACCUGGGAUGGCCAUUCAGGAAGCAUGGCUCGCACACAGCAGGCAGCGCAGGCCAACAUCACCCUGCAAGAGCAGAUUGAAGCCAUUCACAAGGCCAAAGGAUUGGUGGGAGAGGAUGAAACAAAGGAGAAAAUUGGUCCAAGCAAGCCAAGUGAAAUUCAUCAGCCUCCUCCCAUCCACUCAUCUGCACCCAAUCUGCCUAAACCUAGUCCUCCAGUCACAGCUGUGUCACGCCCACCUGUCUCUGUGGCUCCUCCAGUCCGCACCACUCUGUUGUCUGCGGUACCUGUGAUUCCAAGGCCCCCCGUGGCUCCUGUUGUACGCCUUGCACCAGGACAAGUCAUAACACAGAUGCCCCCCAUGAUUCCAGCUCCCCGUGUCAAUGUGGUUCCCAUGCCACCAGCUCCCCAUCUCAUGGCCCCCAGACCACCUCCUAUGGUUGUUCCAACUGCCUUUGUCCCUGCUCCUCCCAUGCCGCAGCCACCUAGCGCUGUCCCAGCACCACCCGUCCACCCACCCCCGCCGCAUGAGGAUGAGCCAGUCAACAAGAAGAUGAAGACUGAGGACAACCUCAUACCAGAAGAAGAGUUCCUGCGUCGAAACAAGGGUCCUGUGGCAGUCAAAGUACAAGUCCCCAACAUGCAGGACAAGAGCGAAUGGAAGCUAAAUGGCCAAGUUCUGAAUUUCACAGUCCCAGUUACAGACCAGGUGUCUGUUAUUAAAGUCAAAAUCCACGAGGCAACCGGCAUGCCAGCUGGAAAACAGAAGCUACAGUAUGAGGGCAUCUUCAUCAAGGAUUCAAACUCUUUGGCUUAUUACAACAUGAUCAAUGGUUCAAUCAUUCAUUUGGCUCUGAAGGAGAGAGGUGGAAGGAAGAAAUGAGAUGUUCCUCUGGAGCAAAAUUUCCAACAAUAUAAUAUUCUUUUCUGUAAGUCAUUUUAGUUCAGUGAUAAAAUUAGGAACUAUAUAGUUGUGUUUUUCCCCCCAAGCAUUAUUAUAAAGUUAAUGCUGUCCUUGAAUGGUAUAUUGUUCUUAAUUAGCAGUGAUUUUGGUUCUUAAUCCUGAUUGCUCAAAAUAUGGAAUCCUUGUUUGUUCAUUUCCAAUAAAAGACUUAUUAAUAAAUACUUAUUAAUAUUUUU